UAUGGCUAUAUAAAGCAGCCUGAGUCUGACAAAGCCAAAAUGCUCGGAGACUUUAACCAGGAAGGACGCAUUGAGAAUUGCAUUUGGCUGAACUGUUGUUAGAACACGUUCUUGCAAUGGCUGAUAGCAGCAGUGAAGACGUCAACCUGUUCAUGAUAAAAUGCUUUCGAGACAGGCUUAUCAAGACCAUCCAGAUUACAUCAGUUUUAGAUCAUUUGCCGUCACUCAGUGCUGAGAUCCAAACCAGAAUAAAAGCUGAAGUUCAAAAUUGUGGAGAGCUCUCAGCAGCAAAACUGCUAUUAGAUCACAUAGAACGAGGUCCCCGAGACCUGGGAUGGUUUGAAGAAUUUGUUAACGCUUUGAAGGAGACUGAAUGCUCACAAGCUGAAUUAUACGUAUCUCCAGAAAACAUUCCAUCCCCUUCACUGGAGGCAAAGCACGAUGAGUGUGAACAACUCAUUCGUAUUCUAUGCCCAGAACUUGUUAAAAAGUUAGCACCGAGAGAAACAAGUCAAGAGUGCUUCGCGUGUGGGAUAUGCACUCUAGAAGAUGUAGAUGUGAUAACUACUAAAUGUCGACAGAAUGGAGAAAUAGCAGCAAGCAGAGAACUUCUCACUAGGAUAACAAAAAAGAAAGAUUGGUUUUCAAAAUUUGUGAGCGUGUUACGUAAAAUGGAAUAUAAUGAGCUUGCCAAUUAUUUAACAGGAGGCACAUUUGAAGAUUGUACAGAGAUUAAUGGGAAUGCACAAACAGUGACAGAUAAACACGAUUCCAAUGGCCACUCACAGCAGGAAGAGAAGACUUGUGAGUCACUUGUGAAUAGUGAAAACGAAAAGCAGGAUCUUGCAAGUGACCUCAGAGUUCAUGAAAUAUCAUGUCUGGAAAGCUCUGCUCCACCAGACUUGAACUCAGGUUGCGCAGAUGUAGGAAAAAAACAGCCAUUGGAAACUAACGGAACGUCCAAAGAAGAUCUAAACUCAAGUUUGUCUGAUUUAAGUGUAAACCAAUCAUUUGAGAGUAACGGGACGGCCAAUGAAGAUGAGGACACAGACAUGGCGCCUGAGAUCACCCUCCGAAAUUAUCAGAUGGAAGUGGCCCAACCAGCACUGGAAGGGAAGAAUAUUAUUAUCUGCCUUCCUACGGGAAGUGGUAAAACCAGAGUAGCUGUAUACAUUACCCGACAACAUCUGAGCAGACGAAAAGCACAAAACCUCCCUUUUAAAGCUAUUGUGCUUGUCAACAAGGUACCAUUAGUAGAUCAGCAUUUCCGCCGGGAAUUCAAUCCAUACUUAAAGGACCAAUAUAGGAUCACUAAAAUAAGUGGGGAUUCUGCUCAGAAGAAAUCAUUUCGUAACGUCAUCAUGCGUUAUGAUGUCAUUAUAUGUACUGCUCAGAUCUUGGAAAACUCCCUCAUUCAGGCAGCAGAAGGUGAAGAAGAUGGUGUCAAGCUGUCAGAUUUCUCACUGAUUAUCAUUGAUGAAUGCCAUCACACAAAACAGGAUGCCGUUUACAACAAUAUAAUGUUACGCUAUGUAAAAAUGAAAAUAAAGAAUACACAAAGGAAGGAGAUGAAUAAAAAACAAGCUACACUUCCUCAGAUCCUCGGACUUACUGCUUCUCCAGGAGUUGGAGGAGCAGCAGACCGUAAAAAAGCCGAAGAGCAUAUUUUGAAGAUAUGUGCCAACCUUGAUGCAGAUAACAUCAUGACCGUUAAGGAAAAUAUGAAUCAACUACAGAAUCAAGUGAAAGAACCAUACAAGAAAGUUGAUAUUGCAGACGAUAAGAGAAAGAAUCCAUUUGGUGAAAAAAUUAAAGAAAUUAUGGAAAAGAUUCAAAACUAUGGUAAACUAACCCCAGCAUCUGAAUUUGGAAGUCAAUCUUAUGAACAGUGGGUCAUUCAAAAAGACAAAUCAGCUGCUAAGGAAGGGAAUUGUAAGGAACACGUUUGUGCAGUGCAUCUAAAGAAAUAUAAUGAUGCCCUGAUGAUUAAUGACACAAUCAGGAUGACUGAUGCUUUGACUCAUCUAACUAAAUUUUACAAUGAAGAGAGGAAGAAAAAAGCUCUGUUAGAUGAGGAAAAUGAAGGGACACCUGCUUCCAGUUUGAAUGAAGCAGACGAUUUCUUAAUCGAAUUAUUUUACAAGCAUAACAAAGAGCUGAAAAAGAUGUCCGAGAUACCAGAGUAUGAGAAUAGGAAGCUGAACUCCCUCAGAAGGUCGAUCAUGGAGGAAUUCACCAAAAACAGAAGCUCAAGAGGCAUUAUUUUCACAAAAACUCGUCAAAGUGCUGUAGCUUUGUGUGAGUGGAUCAGUUCGAAUGAGAAAUUUAAAGACGUUGGCGUGCGACCCCAUUACCUGAUUGGUGCUGGGCACAAUAGCGAUUUCAAGGCCAUGACUCAGAAUGAGCAAAAGGAAGUGAUUAAUAAAUUUAGCACUGGAGAUCUUAAUCUGCUACUUGCCACCAGCGUGGCUGAAGAAGGCUUGGAUAUUAAAGAGUGCAACAUUGUCAUUCAAUAUGGAAUGAUCACCAAUGAAAUAGCCAUGGUUCAGGCUCGUGGUCGUGCAAGAGCUGAUGAUAGUACCUAUGUGCUUGUGGAUUCAAGUUCAGCUGGAGCUGUUGAGCGUGAUAGCAUAAAUGAAUAUAAAGAAAAAAUGAUGCACGAAGCUAUUAAAAAAGUGCAAGAAAUGCCUCGUGCCAAUUACUUGGAAAAGAUACGAGAGUUUCAAUUUGAAAACAUUAUUGAAAAAAGAGUGAAAAAAAAGAAAAAUAUGCGGAAAGAAUUUAAACAUGAUCCAAAAGUGGUUACAUUCUACUGUAGGAAAUGCAGUAGCCUGGUUUUCUCUGGGAAUGAUAUAUAUGUCAUGGGAAACAUGCACCAUGUCAUUACAUCAGAGAAUUUUAAAGAACUCUAUAUUAAGGGAGAAAAUAAAGCUUUACAAGAAAAAUGUGCAGAUUAUGAGACAAAUUGUGCAAUUUUAUGCAAAAAAUGUGGAAGACCAUGGGGAACGAUGAUGAUGCACAAAGGCUGUGAUCUGCCGUGUGUGAAAAUCCGUAACUUUGUUGUUAAAUACAAGGCAAAGAAAAUGACUCCUGAUACAUUCGAGCAGUGGAGAGACUUGCCCAUUAGCUUUCCUGCUUUUAAAUGUGAAGACGUGGAGAUUACCAGUGAUGAAGAUGAAGAUGAUUAAAUUUAUUUAAAAAAAAAGCACAUUCUAAAUUUGCAUCUGGCAAA